AACAAACUUCGCGUGUAUGGCAGAUACCUACACCUCAAUAGUCGAUAUUUUAAGGAAGAAAAGUCGUUCAAUCUUAUCAGAGUUAGAAAAGAAUUCCAGGCUCGUUGAGGAUGGAAUAAGGAAAUUGAAAAUAAAGAGCGUGAAUUCCUGCAGGGGCUGCAUCUCGGAGGCCUCGCCAUCCUGGAAGAUUCGCAACGAUUCGACAGGUGUGAAUGACCUUCUCAACCCUUCGAACCGAGACAUGACAGUCGGUGGAAGAAUUCUCAUCUCCUCAAAACGCCCGGGGCUUUCCUUGGGCCCGAGAAAACCGGUUCCCGGAUGUUACUGCACUCGGAGACCCAAGAAAGUUCGAUACAGAUCGGUGAACACGAUUUGCAGACCCAUUGAGCCUUGCCACUACUGCAGAAAUCAUACCGAUGGACUUUCCAUCCUCCAGGAUGGACUGGAAGCUCCUGAAGCACCAGUGUCUCCAGCCCUGAGUAAUGAGACCCUGCAGAAGGUCCAGAGCAUUAGGUACACUCCGAGGUCAGAAUUCCUCAGGAAAGUUCAGCGAAAAGUGUCCGAACAGUCGAUCCAGGAAAUCAGACCAGAACAUUCUCCAGGUUCUCACUCAUUACCACAAUCAUCACGUACUCUGAAUAUAAAUCAAGAACAGAAUGGAAUACGUGAGACGAGAGAGUCUGGAGGUGCAUCCAGUGAAAAAAUUAAAAGAGCCGGUGCAUAUCGGGAGAGAAAUCAGCGAAAUGGAGUCGUAAAUAUUGCGAACGACUCGACAAUAACAGAUUCCCAUCCGAGGGAAUUAAUAGAAGUCCCAGUUCAGGUUCACAGGUCAGACACUUCAUCAAUCACUCCAGAACUGCAUGACUCUGAUGACGUAAUGAUCGAUAGAUCUCGUAAAUCUAAAAGUUCUUCUAGAAUACAUCAAAGAGAGUUUUCCCCGGAAAUUGAAACAAUUUUACCCUCGAGGGUUUUCCAUAAAUCAAAAAGUAUCGCGAAGAAAACGAUAAGUUCGACGAAACGUGAUGAUAAGGGGAAGGAGCACAAAAGGGAUAAGUCGAGGGGAAAGAGUGAAGUCGUGAGAACUUUGAGUCAAAAAAGUUGUCAUGACGUAUGUUGUGAAGUGAAUGAGAGGCGAAGGAGUUUAAAAAAAUCCAGGGAAUGCUGUCGUCACGAUGAAUAUUGUCUCUCAUGUUUGGCAUCAGGAGUGAUUCCCCUGGAUGAGGACAGGCAGACGCGAGAGCUGAGAAAAUUCAGAGAGAAGAAUUAUUUUGAUACACACGAAUCUAGUCAGGCUAUUUCCAUAUCUGAGUCGUCAGGAUCACUUGAGCAAUUUGAAUUGAACAGUCGACUUUUUCCUGAACCCGUGGGACGGAUAUCCAAAGACAAUAUCAUGGUGUCCAUGCCAGUCUGUGCAACCACCCAGAUGAAGAGGAUUCACUACUUUCCUAGGAGCAUUGUGAGGGAGGGCAAGAAGUCCAUUGAUAAUUCCUCGAAGAAGAGACACAAGGGUUGCCCCCUCACUGGUCAUGCUAUCGAUCUGGGAGUCCUGAAAACUCCAUGUCCAGCUAAUAGUCUGGCCCUCAAACACCAGAAGGGCGUUGUUUAAUUUUAUCAAGUGAUGAAUUCCGACAUAAAAUUAUAAAAUCGAUAAUUCCAGAGAAAACUCAAUAUUCAUC